AUGGAUGGGAAAGAUGCACUUCCACGACUUCCAGCCAUCCUAGCUCUAGUUCCGAUAGCCAUUGGAAUUGCAGCGGCAUCUUGGGACCAUCCGACUUUCGAACCCCUUGGCCUAAUCGCUGCAUUUAUUUCUUGCACGGCCCAGAGCCUUCUAAACAUAUUGUCAAAGAAAGUCAUGACGAAGAGUAAUAUUCCUGGAGCAGUGGCGCAGCGAGCCAUGAUAUCAGUCGGCCUGGUAAUUGUCGGGCUUGUCUCUGCCUUUCAAUUUGCGGCAGCUGCGAAUGCAAAGGAUCCAGUGAAAGGACAGGAGCACCCACCAUCAUUGCUCGCUGGAGCAGCGGCGACCGCGUACCAUGUAGAGUAUCUCUUGUCAUUUACAUUUGUAAAGCUGGUAGCUCCCAUCACCUACAGCACCUGUGAUGCUAUUCGACGACUUGGCAUCAUCGUUGCAGGCCACUACAUGUUUGGUGGGCAUCCAUUCUCAACAAUGAACAUCUUGGGAAUGUUCAUGGCCUUAUCUGGCGCUGCUACAUAUGCUAUAUUAAACCAUUAG